AUGCUCUCCAACCAAUCCUACCCGCCUCAAUCUUCCUCUGCCGGCUCAUACGUAUCCGCCCCCUACCAUAUCCUAAACAGUACGACGCCCUCGUCAGCCUCUCAGACCCCCCUCCUCGCCACCUCCCCCGACGCCCAGCCUCUCCCGAAAGGUCGGCCCAGGCGGUCCCUCUCAACAGACUCGUACGCCGUCGAAAGUGGGCCGAUGAGGGAAUUGACGGCGGGUCAGAAGAAGGCCGCGGCGGAGAAGAAGGGGAGUAAGCAUGCGGAUAUUAUUGAUCGAUGGGAUCCGACCGGGUUGGGGGAUGCUAUGUGGCAUCACGCUGGUCCAUACGACGCCGCUGCCCCUUCUCGGAACGUCAACCAGACCAAAGGGCCCAUGCAGGUCUUCUCGUCAACCCCAGCUCCUGCCGCCAGUACCGGCUCCUCGAACCUGGCAUCCACCGCCCCCACGCGAAAAACAACGACCAUCCAGGAGAAUGAACAUCACUCUCAUCCCCGAGCGGCCCCGAUCGUAGCGGCCCUUCCGCCACCGGCGCCCGCACGCAUCCCCGUCAAUCGUCGAGUGAGCGGCGGUGGAUUGACUGGACAAUACUCGACCAGUGUUCCAUCGGGCGGAGGCUACUUUCCCGAUGCCAAGCAGCCGCAGGAUGAGGCGACGCUAGCGAGGCUCGAGAGGGAGCGAGAAAGGGACCAAAAGCAGAGGGCGUUGAAGGCUGCUUGGGGCACGGAUGAGCCGGAACCAUGGGAGGCUUUCGGCGCUUCUCCGAACGAAGAGCUUGGACAUCUGGGGAUGGACGGACUCACUGCCGAUAUUGUACCCGCCAAGCCCGUCCGGUCUCCCGGUCUCAGGCUCGGCGGAUCCCGUGCCGACUCGUACGGCAAAGAAGCGCUACCCUCUCCAACAAACGAGAAUGCGCCCAUCAGCGUUGCUGAUCUCCCCGGCGCAGGUUCUGCGGGUCGGCCAGCAGCCGGCGGAGGAGUCAAGCGGACGAAAUCGCUCAUGCAGAAGUUCAAGACAAUGGUGCGUACGCGAUCGGGGUCAGUAGCUGGGCAAGAAGGGGAGGGUACUGCGCCGGUGGUCAUCCAGGGAGGAGGGCGCAGAUAUGCGGGUAGAGGGAGCAUGUCGAUGAGCGCCAGUCCCGGUGCGGGUGUGGGGAGGGGGUAUGAUGGGUAUGAAGGGGGAGUGAGGGAGGAGGAAGAGAUGGUGGAUGAUCGAUAUGCGGAUGCGGAUGUGGAGGAUGAUGGGUAUGAGCGGGAGCGCGAGGGGUAUAGGGGUAUGAGGGAAGGGCGCGACGGCAAAUCCGGUAUCCCCUUCCGGUCGGCCUCUCCGUCCAAAUCGGUCCUCCCCGUCUCGCCGUCCACCGAGUUCCCCCUCCAAUCUCCCAACGAGCGAGACGAAAUCCUUUACGACACUUCCAAUACCAACGCCAACCCCUUCACCACGCCCAACAAGGCCCAAUCUCAGCCUCAGGGUCGGACGGUCAAUCUCGUGCCCCAGCCCUCUCAAGCGGGCGGUGCGCAGUUUGACGAUGCGGUCGAGACUAUACAUGCGGACACGCCAGGCGGGCACGUCCGGUCUGAAACGGAGAAGGAGUUUGUCUUUGUCGAUUCGCCCAAUACAAAGGUGCGAAACCAAUCCUCGGGAGGAGGAGGGGGGAGGAAGGGAUCGUCCAGUCCAACAAGGGCAAAGGGGAUCCCACCCGUUCCUGCUCUUCCGGCGUCGAUCAGUCAACGCGGUGGACUGCUAGCGACGGAGUCUGGGGCUGGAGGGAAGAGCGAGAGAAGCGGGAACGGGAAGGGCAAUGGGGAAGCGUUCCGACCGCUCGAUAGGGUCAAGUAUCUGCCCCCUCCGCCGGUCGGACAGGUCAUGCCGGACUUUGCAGACAUUGAGGUGCAUCGGAGAGCAACGACGCCGGACUUUGGGCUGGGGGUGGAGGGGCAAGGGACGGAGGGGUCGGGUAUGAGGAGGAAGGGGAGUGUGGUCAAGAAGAUCAGGGAGCGCAUCAAGUAG